CGUCUUUCCUUUUCGGAGUCCCUAAGCUGCCGCUGGCGUUGAAGUGUUCUCAGUUCGCCGCUCCGGCUGUCGCCAUGGUGAAGCUGAGCAAAGAGGCCAAGCAGAGGCUGCAGCAGCUCUUUAAGGGCGGCCAGUUUGCCAUCCGCUGGGGCUUUAUUCCUCUCGUGAUUUACCUGGGAUUCAAGAGGGGUGCAGAUCCUGGAAUGCCUGAACCAACUGUUUUGAGCUUACUUUGGGGAUAAAGGUCAUCUGGAUUGGAAGCAAUCAGUGAACAGGAACAACAUGGAAGGUGUGCACUCUGGCUGGGAUGAGAGAUGGGACAUCGUUCAGACAUUCACCAGUUGAAUGGCACAGGGCUCUUCUCAGAUGAAUCGGUGGCAGUGGAACCUCUACCGACUUAUUUAUCAUAGACUGUAUCUAAAUAAAUGUUUUUAACAAUGUUA